AUGGAUCGCCUGCUGUUUAAAGAAGAGCAGUUUGCAGACAGCGCAGGUGAGCAGGUAGAUAUUCGGCUGAACUUUCCAUUUGAAGGUCGAAAGAAAUUUAUAGGUGUGCUCAAUGGUGUGCAGGACAGCAUGGCGAUUGUGCAGAUUGAAGAUGAAGAAUUUUUGCUGCCGCUGGAAAACAUCCAGAAGGCGCGAGUUGUGCCGGCGAUUGAGUCUGCGUUGGCUAUGGCGACGAAAAAGCGUUAUGGCGAGCAACAGGAAUUCCGUGUGGCCAUUGACCGUGAAACAGGCGAAUACGAUACGUUUCGUACCUGGACGAUUGUCAAUUACGAAGACGAGGAAGAGCCGAACCCGGCUGCACAGUUUUCGUUAGAGGCUGCGGUAGAAAUGGAUCCUGAGGCCAAGCUUGGUGAUGUUAUUGAAGAGCAGGUUGAAUCUGUAGAAUUUGGGCGGAUUGCAGCGCAAACGGCUAAACAGGUCAUCGUGCAGAAGGUUCGCGAAGCCGAGCGAGCACAGGUUGUUGAAGCCUACCUGCCGCGCAUGAACGAGUUGAUCAGUGCUACGGUCAAGAAACUCGGUCGUGACAGUGUCAUUGUUGACCUGGGUAAUAAUGCUGAAGGGAUCCUUACCCGUGAGCACCUGAUUCCCCGUGAGACUUUUCGCGUGGGUGAUCGACUGCGCGCACUGUUAACUGAGAUUCGUCCUGAAAAUCGAGGACCACAGCUGAUUCUGUCGCGUACGUCGCCACAGAUGCUGAUCGAGCUGUUUAAGGUGGAAGUGCCUGAAAUCGCCGAAGACGUUAUUGAAAUACGCGGUGCAGCACGUGAUCCUGGCUCACGCGCCAAGAUUGCAGUUAAAACCAACGAUGGUCGCAUUGACCCCGUUGGUGCUUGUGUCGGCAUGCGCGGUUCUCGGGUCCAGGCAGUGUCUGGCGAAUUAGCCGGGGAGCGUAUUGAUAUCGUGCCUUGGGACGAUAACCCUGCUCAGUUAACCAUCAACGCGAUGGCGCCCGCUGAAGUGGCUUCGAUCGUGCUAGAUGAAGAUACCCAUUCAAUGGAUAUUGCGGUCACCGAAGAAAACCUGGCUCAGGCUAUCGGUCGCGGCGGCCAGAAUGUUCGCCUGGCCAGCGAUUUGUGUGGUUGGUCAUUAAACAUCAUGACCGAAGCAGAAGCCUCGCAGAAGCAGGAAGAAGAGUCGGUCAAGUUCAUCAAAGACUUCAUGGAAUCGUUAGAAGUCGACGAGGACGUGGCCGGCGUGCUGGUUGAAGAAGGUUUCACCACGUUGGAAGAAGUGGCUUAUGUACCCAUCGAAGAAAUGAUGGCGAUCGAAGGCUUUGAUGAAGAAAUUGUGCAGGAACUUCGCAAUCGUGCAAAAGAUGCGUUGCUGACUAAAGCUAUUGCCAGCGAAGAAGCGCUCGGUGAUGCAACGCCUGCUGAUGAUCUGCUGGAAAUGGAAGGCAUGACCCGGCCGUUGGCGUUCAAGCUGGCGGGCAACGAUGUUGUGACCAUGGAAGACCUGGCAGAGCUGGCGAUAGACGAAUUGUUGGAAAUAGAACCAGAAUUGAGCGAAGCAGAAGCUUCGGUGCUGAUUUUGAAAGCACGUGAACCGUGGUUUGCAGAAGAUGCGGACGCAGCGGAAGAAGCUUAG